AUGUCCAAAACAGAACAAUGGCGCCACCUUCUGGACAACGUCCCCAAAAACUACCCGGAAGACAAGCCUGUGGUUAUGGUCAAUCUCCUUCGCUUCCAUGACCAAGCCAAGUACCCAACAGGAAGCCCCCACGCACCAUGCAGCGGCCAAGAAGCCUGGAUUGUCAGAUAUGCUCAGGAAUACAAUCGCAUCGCAGGUCCCCACGGCGGCUUGGAAUCGACAUACUUGGGUGUUAAAGGCACGAAAGUUGUUGGUGAAGACAACGAGCAUUGGGAUGCGGUCGCGUUGGUGAAAUAUCCUAGCAUCAAGACAUUUCGAGAUGCAAUCGGAAGCGACGAAUACUUUGCGACCGCAUCUAUACACCGCGACGCCGCUCUCGCUGACUGGAAGUUGAUUGCAACAACCCAGGUGGAUAUCACGGAUUUUUUCUAG